AUGGUCAAGUGGAUCGAUCGAUGGUACAACUUGCUCCAUCCCACGCCGAAGACGAAUGCGCCAACACGCGCUGGCGAAAGUGAUCGAGGACAUCGUGCGACUACGCCGCCAUCGUCGCUGCCGGCGCGCACAAGUUCAACUCCGGUCACUGUCGCACGAGUCGGAUUCGCAGCGGCACCGUCUAGUUCUGACCCGAUUCUCCGCCUGCCAGUCCGUCGUGCGAGCUCGAUCACACUUUAUAUUCGACCCAAACGUGACGCCCGAGACAGUGAGGCCAACUCGUUUGUCGAAACGCCGACUGCAGCCCGUGACAGCCGCGGUGACUGCGAUGCGACGCCGACAAUUCGGACAUUGGGCGGCGACGACGACGAUGAUCCCGAUUGGCAGCCGCGGCACUCCGAAAGCGUCACAGCCUGCGGCAGUGGUGACAAAGCUGACGAAAACGGCCAAGGUGGGAAAAUCCUGUCAAGCGAACACAAUCCCUUUCAUGUGAGUGACGAUGUCGUUGAAGCUGUCGUACAAUCUUGUUCGAGUCUGACACAUUUUGCGGCGCCCCUGUGGCCCUGCAGGGGUUGCAAAUAAAGCCUGAAACACCGAACACUCGAGCCGACGUGAUCAGUAGCCGUGGCGGUCUUACCAUAUCGAGGUUGGGCCGUCCCUCAUCUAGCAAAAAAACCGACUGCAGUGCAUCAUCGUCCCCGGCCGUCUCACGCCCAUCGUCUCUGCGCGCCUGGUCGUCAAUCACCGAGUCGCCUUCGGACGAGGACCAAAAACCUUCACCGAGCUCGAGCGUUCGCAUCGCACCCAUUGGCGCAGUCGAAGAAUCGAGUCUAGCUACGGUCGAAUUAUCAAAAACCCCAUCGGCCUCUCUGGAAGCAUCGAACAAGUCACUGCGUCGUUGGUCACUCCACUUUAGCGCCUCGAGUUGGAAGACGGGACGGCCGUUAGCAAGGCCUCCACCUCCACCCCCACCUUCCCCUUCGAUCGCGGGGCCCACGAUCUCGGCGCUUCGAGGGCAAAUCAUGGGUUCAGAGUUUUUGUUUGACGCCAUCUCUAAACCGACGAUGACCUUGAGACCACGCUCGUUGUCGUCAAAGAGCGCGCUCAAGAUGAAGACGAAGCGGCGCAAAAAGGUGUUUGGCGUAGGUGACGGCGAUAGCUCCGACAACGCAAGUAGCUCGGGCCAAGACGAUGACAAAGUACAACAAACAAAAGAGCUUGCUUUAGAAACCCGUCAGCUCGGCGCAUCGACCGAAACGCAAAGGCUGCCGGCGAGUCGCUGCUCGUCGCCACCGUCGACUUUAUCAACCCAAGCCUCGUCGCUGACGUUGUGCGACGAGUCGCUCGAGUCGAGGGACUACUUUGAUGACUUUGGAGCGUCAUCAACUGGUAUUCAUGGAAUAAAUGUGCUGAUGAACCAGAGAACGGAGGGAGAGCCCCUUCGGCGACAUUCGGACGACUAUUCUCGGUACUAUCGUGCCCCGGUCGCACGAUACUUUGCGCCGAUCGCGACCGAGUUCCCUCCUUGCCACGCUUCGGACGGUGCCUCCUCUGCCACACUUCCAAGACGCUCGCAUACUCCACCUUUUUCUCGAGCUUGUGUUUCGCGUCAUCAAUCUUUGAGCUCUGCAACACAGCUCCGCCCUCCUUUAUCCCUCACCUUGCCGACCGAAUCAACCGAUCGCUCCUCGCCGCCGUGGAGUCGUCACCGAAGCGUGACCGUGUCCUUUGCCGACGCGACGAGUCUACCUUCGCCCACCUCCAUCUCUUCGGCGUUCAGUGAUUCGAACCAAAGUUUUGACCCGCCCAAGUCACCGAGCUCACUCUACAAGAUGAAGCGCACCCAAUAUCGUGCCACUCGUCGCAGAACGCAGUCGACGGGCAGCAACGGCUCUCGCGGUCCUCUACCCGCUGGACAUCCUCAAUUGCCUCUCCUGUGCGCUCGGAUCGGAUUUGCACGUCGUUCAGUCACCAGUGACAGUGAGGGGUCAACAUCAUCUAACUCGUUAGAACGCUCCAUAUUUGGUCUCGGGGAUGGGGAGCCUACACCAAUUGUCGAAAGUGUCUACGUCGCCAAGGCAUGGUCGAUCGACACUGAGUUUGCGGCAGGCAGUGGUGGAGAAAACGAUGGCUUUGAAUCCGGAUCGAUCGGUAGGAAAUCGGGGACCACUCUUCAGGUGAGGCGAUCAAACGCUCAGAGAGCGACCCCCGUGAUAGAGGACUGAACACGAUUGGCUUGAGCAUACAGAUCAUUAAUCCCGACGACGCCUCGUCAGGCAGUUCGACCCCUAUCUUAUCACCGCAUCCAAGUCCCUUGGGCCUCGCCACCGAGUCCACCGUGCCCAACCCUUUAUCGAGCUCGUCGUCCUCGAACGUCAGUUCGUCGUCCUCGACCCCCAAAACGACCCCUACUCCAACCCCGAACCUGACGUCCUCAACUCCGACUCGAGGCAUCUCGUACUUUCCAACCCCGUCCCCGCCCUUGAGUGCGCUCUCGCAUCGAACGUCCAAAGAGCGUCUCGAGGCGUCGACCACUUCCUCGAUUCCCUUUCCAACGUCACCACUGCAUCAUCAAGCGGUUGGAAUCGCCGUGUGA